GGAUGGACUUCCGCCCCAAACUCAAGAGGCACUAUCGAUAUCCUGUGGACUUGCCUCUUCACGGUCUUUCUCUGCUGCUGGACCGCCAUUCACCCCGGUAUUCCCCACCCUAAGUCACUAUGGUGGCAACGGUAUUUAGACCGGACGAUUUGCCUCCUAGUAGGCGCCAUUGCUCCAGAAAUAUUCAUUUACAUCGCCUUCUUCGAGCGUAUGGAUGUGAUGGUGAUUCACCAAGAACCACCACCGAACGUUAGUUACAAGAAAUGGACGACCGUCCAUCGUUUCUACUUCUUGAUGGGUGGAUACUGCAUUGGUUGGCAUCCACCUGAGGAAGCUGAGAUUGCAAGAGUUGGAUACUUACGUAUCGGCGUCCUUUAUGAACUUCUUCGCGAUGGGCGAAUCGACCCUAAAAAUCUGAUUACCAAAGAAGACAUUCUUGACAAAGGAAAAGCGGAUGGCUUGGUAAAGACCGUCACACUUCUUCAGAUUGUGUGGGUGCUUGUGCAGAGUAUCGCACGCUGCAUUCAACACCUUCCCCUCACCACUCUGGAGAUCAGCACCCUGGCAUAUAUACCCUGUGCGGCGAUCGUCUUCGGCCUUUGGUGGAACAAACCAUACGAUGUCAGCGUGCCUACAAUCAUAGACAUGGCGACUUACGCGUCGCCUCAUUAUCGAGCUGUUGAGACAGAGCAGUAUACGAUCAUCCCGGCCACGUACCAAACUUACGGCAUGGCGCGCCAGUUUCGAGAUGCCGUAGUGUCUAGUUUAGUUCCAAUUGGCUUUGGAGGGUGGGUCUCUGUCGUGGUAUUCUUUCUAGUGGGAUCGAUCCACCUUGCUGCGUGGAACUUCUCUUUCCCUUCUCCCUUCGAGAAGUGGGCCUGGCGAGCCUGUUCACUCGUCUUGACAAUUAGCAUUCCAUUUUCCUGGGUUCUAACUCGAGGGGUACUCAGGCUGGUUAGGCUCGUUUUGGACAUGGGAGAGGCGAAGGCAAUAUGGCUCGCGGGAACAAUCCAGGGAAUCGGAGUAGGCCUCUAUGUAAUUGCGAGACUCUAUUUGUUGGUUGAAGUUUUCGUAAGCUUAAGGGCGGUACCGAAGGAUGCAUAUGAUACCCCUGAUUGGACUAGAUUCCUGCCGCACGUA